CAAAAAUGGGGGAGCAAGUAGGUUUAAGCUCCACACCAGAAACAAGCCAAGCGCAGCCAGAUCCGAAAAACAUGCCGGAAACGGCUUUUGUAAUCGCCUUUUGUGUCAAGUUCAUGGAAGCUCUCAACAAAAUUUAUUUCUGGCCAGAAGAGCUGGAUGAAGCUUUAAGCAGCAAUGAAGAAAGUCCAUUACUUGAAAAAUUACAUCGUCUCUUUAUGAGAAACUUGCUAAAUUUAAAGGCUUUACCUGAAAGAAGAAACUGGAUGAAAAAGUUGUCCGAAAUCAUAACUGAUAAAAUCGAAAAUCAAGAAGACUUUUAUCUUGAUCACAACCCCUUGAAACGCGUGAAUGACAAUUAUUAUGCGCUCGGUGUCCGUGACAAGGUAAUGAUUCUGCAGUACCUCGUCAGUUGGCAACUCGUUGGCUCUAAUAAAAUAAGAGAGCUUAUACAAGAACAACACAAAGGAGUAUCAGAAGAGGAAAUUAAACCAUUAGAAGUAGAAGUCCUCGGAGAAGACACUAAAGAGUCGAAAUAUUAUUAUCUUGGUAUUGGUGCUAGAAUUUAUCGUGAGACGCUGGUCCCCGAAUCCGGAAACUCGUCUCUGUCACAUAUAAAAUGGGAGGCUAUAUCAACUACUAUAGAUGAUCUUAAAAAUUUUGCGUCUGAUC